UUUAGACACAUGAAAUUCGCGUUAGGCUCGGGAAUACCGCAUGCUCAUGACUCCCGAAUUAUUCUGUAGCGGGCGGAUGUUGGCCCUAGAGGGUGGCGCGAUGACGCGAUACCUAAACUGGAUUCACUUAAAACGCUGUCUUGUUUCGUUUCGUCACCUGGAUGGUUUCCACUCGUCAGCGUCAUGCCGGUAUCGCUCAUCUUGCUCAUUCAUAAUCCAAGUCUCCGUAUCGUCC